GUAAAACCUCUGCUUCUGCUCCAGCAAAACCCUAAUCAGCUUCUCUCGUCUGCUAAAAAAAAAUCAGAACCAAGAAACAUCUCUGAGGGAUUUAAACGACGAUGUAUCUUCAGUGCUAUAUCAACGAGAAGGGUGAGAAGGUUUACACCACCAAGAAGGAAUCACCGCUUGGGCUAGCUACUGAAUCUGCCCAUCCAGCCCGGUUCUCCCCUGACGAUAAAUACUCAAAGCAGAGAGUAUUGUUGAAGAAGCGAUUUGGUCUCUUGCCGACACAGAACGCACCUGUCAAGUACUGACUGAUGAAGAAGCAAACCACUUUGCUUGUGUUGGUUUUUAUGUUCCUGUUUAAUUUUGCUAUGUCUUAAUGAAAUGUUGACUUGAACCUUCUUUGUAAUGUCAUUCAAAUAGUGAGUGAGUUAAGAGAGCAAUUUGCUUAUCAUC